CGCCGUGGCUUUCUGGGGGGGCGGUCCGCUUACAGCCCCGGGGUCUUAUCCCGGUUGCUGUGGGUCCUUCGGGCCCCUUUGGAGCUACAAGUAGAGUGCUGCCCCGGGGCCUAGUGUGAGCCUGGCGCACCUGCCCUGGCUCGCCCCGCCCAGGAGGAAAUGAAGCCUUAGGAGACUAAGUGAUCAGCACAUAGUAGGUCUAAUGGAGUGGAGGAGAGAGAGUGAAGUGAGCGAGGCGCACCAGGAUUCCCUCCUCCAGCCUUGCACGGUCUUCGGACUGAGAGCCCACCUGCCGCCUAGAAUUUUCUCCCUCCCGAAAGCCUUGGAGAGACGGGACUGCCCGUGGGAGGGGGACAGGGGACGUCCCAGUGGGUGACCGCAGGCCUCUGUCGCCGCUCCAUCUGAUCUCCAGGAGCGCCAGGCUCCAGACUGCCUGGAGCGCUGAAAGAGUUAACCAGGAACGCCUCCCCACUGCGGUUUUUGUGGUCGAAACCAUGAUUGCCAGGAGCAAAUUUUUGUCGUGCACAAGUUUCAGGUCCGUACGACUGCUAAAGAAUGACCCAGUCAACUUCCAGAAGUUCCCCUACACUAGUGAGGACGAGGCCUGGAAGACCUACCUGGAAAACCCCUUGACGGCCGCCACGAAGGCCAUGAUGAGGGUCAAUGGCGACGACGACAGUGUGGCGGCCUUGAGCUUCCUCUACGACUACUACAUGGGCCCCAAGGAGAAGCGGAUACUGUCCUCCAGCACUGGGGGCCGGAAUGACCAAGGAAAGAGGUACUACCAUGGCACGGACUAUGAGAUGGACCUCGCUCCCCUUGAAAGUCCCACGCAUCUCAUGAAAUUCCUGACCGAGAAUGUGUCUGGAGCCCCAGAGUACCCAGAUGUGCUCAAGAAGAAUAACCUGAUGAGCUUGGAGGGGGCCGUGCCCACUCUGGGCAAGGCAGCUCCCCUCCCCGCAGGCCCUGGCAAGCUGGAAGCUGGCUCUGUGGACAGCUACCUGCUGCCCACCAGUGAUGUGUAUGAUAACAGCUCCCUCAGCUCCUUGUUUGAGAGCAUUCAUGGGGUGCCACCCACACAGCGCUGGCAGCCUGACAGCACCUUCAAAGAUGACCCACAGGAGUCACUGCUCUUCCCAGAUAUCCUGAAAACGUCCCCAGAACCCCCGUGUCCAGAAGACUAUCCCAGCCCCAAGAGUGACUUUGAGUACACCCUGGGCUCCCCCAAAGCCAUCCACAUCAAGUCAGGGGAGUCGCCUAUGGCCUACCUCAACAAAGGCCAGUUCUAUCCCAUCACCCUGCGGACCCCAGCAGGCGGCAAAGGCCUUGCCUUGUCCUCCAACAAAGUCAAGAGUGUGGUGAUGGUGGUCUUUGACAACGAGAAAGUCCCGGUGGAGCAGCUACGCUUCUGGAAGCACUGGCAUUCCCGGCAACCCACUGCCAAACAGCGUGUCAUCGAUGUGGCCGACUGCAAAGAAAACUUCAACACCGUGCAGCACAUCGAGGAGGUGGCCUAUAAUGCAUUGUCCUUCGUGUGGAAUGUCAACGAGGAGGCCAAGGUGUUCAUCGGCGUCAACUGCCUCAGCACAGACUUCUCCUCGCAGAAGGGGGUGAAGGGCGUCCCCCUGAACCUGCAGAUCGACACCUACGACUGUGGCUCGGGCGCUGAGCGCCUGGUGCACCGCGCCGUCUGCCAGAUCAAGAUCUUCUGUGACAAGGGAGCAGAAAGGAAAAUGCGGGAUGAUGAACGAAAGCAGUUCCGGAGGAAGGUCAAGUGCCCCGACUCCAGCAACAGUGCAGGUAUGAAGGGCUGCCUGCUGUCUGGCUUCAGGGGCAAUGAGACCACCUACUUGCGGCCUGAGGCUGACCUGGAGACCCCACCGGUGCUGUUCAUCCCUAAUGUGCACUUCUCCGGCCUGCAGCGUCCCGGAGGGGCAGUGCCCUCGGCAGGUCAGAGCAGCUCCAACAGGCUGCCUCUGAAGCGCUCCUGCUCACCCUUCGCUGAGGAGUUUGAGUCUCUGCCCUCCAAAAAGGCCAAGGAAGACGAUCUUCAGAGAGUUCUGUUGUAUGUGCGGAGGGAGACCGAGGAGGUGUUUGACGCCCUCAUGUUGAAGACGCCAGACCUGAAGGGGCUGAGGAAUGCGAUCUCUGAGAAGUAUGGGUUCCCUGAAGAGAACAUUUACAAAGUCUACAAGAAAUGUAAGCGGGGCUGGCCAAGCGUUUCAGGGGAACCAGGACAGAAGACAGCUAGUAGCUGGCAAGUGACAAGAGGCCCACAUUCUGGGACAGUGGUUCCCAACAAGCCCUGCCCCUAGGACCUGGUUGUCACUGACCUCUGAAGGGAAGGGGUCUGAGGGCUUGUCUGGGAUCCCUUGUGUGUAGGUGUGCACUCGGGGCCCGCGGGGAGCCCGGCAGGGGAGUGGGAGGGAGGCAGCCUUCAAGUUCAUGCACGUAAGGCACACAGGGCCUGGCAUCUAGAAGCCCCCAGUAAAUACCACUAUCCGAAUCACACACCCGGCUGCCAGCAAAGCGCUCACCCCUCUGGCCCAGGCCCGGCCUCCUCCGGUCUGUUCCCAGCCUGCAGCCCCCGGACGAGGAUCCCUCUGUGAAAGGAAGGAACGGCUGACAGGACCUAAGGAAGUGGGGCGCCGUAAUGAGACACUGACAGUCAGCACCCCGCCCUGGGCAGCCUGCGCCCAGACCUCCUUGCUGGAAGCAGCAGCGUCUGCAGAGACGGCCCGACACAGGCCAUAGGCUUAGGCUCGCUGCUUCUGUAAGGUCUCCGUCCUCCAGACCCGGGGACGAUGGGGACAAGGCUACCGCCUCCCCGGAGCUUCCCCUGGAAAGCCAACAGCUACUUGCCCGAAGCAGGGAGCAGAAAGAAACCAAAGCCUGGAUUCAAGUCCAGUUCUGCCAUCUAUUAACUGUGUGACCCCUGUGCUUCUUUGAGCCUCCCCAUCUACCCACUAGAGUAAUAGGGUUACAAAGAGUCAUUUUCUCGGGCCCUACUAGAUUCUGAAUUCCUGGAGGGCAGGCUCUAGGAUCUCUGUGUGGCCCUUGUUCUUGCUGGGCGCAGGGCCCUGCACAUGGAACGGCCUUGGCAAACGCUAGUGGGGUGGGUGGAUGAGUGGCUGCAGACACUCAACUCCGUUACAAAGGGAAGCUGGUGUGGUCAGGUCAGGUCACAUCUUGCUGGGCUCUUCAUCGGGGAGGCGGCAGCCAGAGGGGUGUCCUCUGGCUAACACCAUGGCCUUGACCCUCUGCGGAGGCCCACGGCGUGGAGGCUUGGUCCCGCUCAGGUUGGCCCAGGUCCCUGCCUGGAGGGUGUGGGGAGAGAGGACGGAGCCCCUCAAGUCUCUUGUACCAUCUGUGAGAUUGCAGCUUCGUGGGGGUGGAACUGAGAGGGCACUCGUGUGGCACCUGCCUCUGGCUCAGGUGGGCACAUCUGAGUGACACAAUGCAGCCUCCCACUGAACCCAAACCACACUGGUCCCCCCACCACACCUCUUGUGCUUGAACUCUCGCUUUGUGCCCGAGUCCUCGGUCCGGCCUGGUGACCAAGGAACACCGCAUCUUCCACACAUCUCACGUCAGCCGCUCAAAGUGUCCACACUCGUGUGUAUUAGGAGAGGUGGUCUGGCGCAGCGGCGGCCGUGGUUGGAGGUGUGGCUCGGCCACUUGGGGAUCGUGGCCUCCGCCGUAACGGGGGACAGUGAAUACCCGUCUCUGUUGUUCUGACGGUCAGAGGGAAAGUCCAGGAGGUGCCCGAAAUGUUGGCACCCAAGAGGUGGUAACCGAUACUGUCAUCCCUGUCGCCCAGCAGCCCUGAAACAAGGGGCCUGCCACGUUCUAGAC